UUAAUUAUGAAGAGGAAUCUAGAUCUAAACAGAUUCAGGUUUUGCAGCAUUGUUUGUGCUUAUCUGUCUGACAUGGACAAGAUAGCUCUCUUAAUCUGAGUCAUAUCCUCCUAUUCACUCACAGCUUCCGAGGUACCAGGGUGUCAAGCUCUGUCAGGUUCAUUGUUCACUGUCUGUGGCUACAGUUCAACAUGGCAUCACAAACUUUGACAGAGUGGAGCAACGGUCUCUGUGACUGCUUUGAGGAUGCGAGCACUUGUUGCUAUGGUUUCUGGUGCUGUCCUUGCCUUGCCUGCACGGUUUCAGGAAAAUUUGGAGAGAACCAAUGUCUGCCAUUAUGUGACAUAUGCAGCCCUGCAGUACUGACAGCCUGUGGGAUACCCCUGUUUGUUCCUCCAGCGGCCCUGUCUCUACGGGUUGCCAUGCGAAACAGAUACGGUAUCAAGGGUUCUAUCUGUAAGGACAUCGCUGCUUCCUGUUUCUGUGUGUGGUGCUCCUGGUGUCAGAUGCAUCGUGAGUUAAAACAUCGCAAUAAAAACCGCACUGUCGUUGUCAACGUGCAGCCUGCUCCAGUGGUGAUGGUUCAAAGAAACCCACCUCCUCCGGUUGUUGUUAUGAAUCAACCAGGGGUCAUCAUGACUUCAUACUGAGAUCUGUGGCUUCUCAUUGAACUGUUUUGUCCUGAGAAGGAAGGAUUCAGAUCAUGCUGCUGUUUAUUUUGUUACACCUUGUAUUUAGCAGUGAAAGAUGUAAUCAUUUUCAAUAGCUCCUUGUGGCAUCAUAAUAAGCUGAAUUCUCCUCUAAAAAUACUCACAAUCGACUAACUUGUAGUAAUUAUAAAUAUCAAGGGCUCUGUCUUCUUGCUAUAAAUCCUGAAAUUUGCCUUUCUGCCUUUGCACACAUGUAAUUUGUAUCCAUUACUUUUACUUAUCCUUAAAAAUUAGAGUAGACAUCAGUGAAAACCCUUAAUUAUUCUUUCAUUUCAUUAUUCACACAUUGGACAGGUCUAUUACAGAGCUGACACAUACAGACAGACAACCAUUCACACUCACAGUCACACAUGGAGAGGAGACUUUGUCCCUAGAUGUGUUGUACCUUCCUGAAGAAGCAUUGUCUGGUAGCAUGAGAGAGAACAUCAGCUUCUUUGCCACUGGUGGUCCUGACUCUGCAGGAGGUGCCCAGGUUGAAAUACCAGGUCUUCUGAGUGCAUACAGGAGAGAAAUAUUACUUUACAUCACUGGACAGUGUCACAGGUCAUCAUCUCUCCAAUAUUCUCUUCUUUGAUUUGUGCACAAAUAUGAUUAAAUUAACAUUUGUGUCUUAAUAUGGAGACAUACAGCAAUACAGGAAAUUAUCCUCUUUUUUUUUUUCAAAAAAGAAAAGCUGAUGUCAGUUUAAACAGUGAGACCAACUUGUAACACCUGACAAAGAAAUGCUGACACAAACACGCACUUUCUGCAAAACACUUGAAAACACUUGAAAAUUUCACAGAUGACACACCCAGGGAAAGACGUAAGACAUUUCAUAAAUUAAAAACGAUUAAAAAAAAAGAUAGACAGAUGCACGCACACGCACCAACACAUGCACACAAACCAGUAAAGUAGGAACUGUUACAUGAGUUUUACAUUGGACAUAAUUAUGUAAUAUUAUAAUUUGCACGUUUAUUUUAGCACUUUCAUUCUUUAUCACCUGUCAUACUUGAAAUUGUGGAAUAUUAAAGGAUGUAUUCACUGA